CGCUUACAACGCUGUCAUUGAGCCAGCAGCUUUGUGACCUGCGAACAUCCAACACUAAUUACACCCAACACCAAUUGCAAGCCAUGCUAUAAUCCUUAUAAAGAUUUUGGUACAAGGUAGAUAUAUAAUCCCAUCUCAAUUCAAAUUUUGCUAUUCAGAAAGAUAAAUCCCGGUCGCUUUACGAAUGGAGCUAGCCCCUCCAAUUAGACCGAAUCACAUGAAGCUAUUUACAUAGGUACUGAAAGUAUAUAACACCGAGGCUACUCCCAAACGCCCAAGGGUUGAUUAAUAUGGUUCUCCUAGAAGGGUACGGGCUACUUUGGCUUGGAUUACUUGGGGCUCUUCUAUGCUAUCAACUCGUAUUACGGUCUCCAAUUAUUACACGAAAUGGUGUUCCUUUAAGAAAGCCACCAAAUACACUACCCAUUGUAGGCAAUGGAAUCCUCUUCCUCCGGCCACGCCAGAAGCUAUUUGCCUGGUUCGUCAAGUGCGAAAGGCAAUUUGGCAACGAGACGUUCCAGAUUAGCGUCCCCACGCUGCCUCCAGGUGUGGUCAUCAACGAUCCUAAGAACUUAGACUACAUCUUCAAGAACGAAGGUAUCUUCUCUAAAGGCGACUUAUUCAAAAAGCUGUCUUGGGACUUAUUUGGGAAUGGGAUCAUCAAUGUGGAUGGUGAACUAUGGAAGGCUCAGAGGAAAGCUGGCCUAGCAUUUCUCAAUGCCUCCAAUUUACGAGUCCUAACAGACAUCGCGCUACCGCGGUAUCUCGGCCACGCUGUAGAAUACCUACAAGGACAGGCUCGUGCCAGAAAAGUGGUUGACUUACAAUAUGUGUUUCACGAAAUUACAAGCCAGCUUAUGGGAAAGAUGGCUUACGACAUGGAGAUGCAUGCUAAUGAUGACUUCACCGUUGCUUUUGACUACGCCUCAGGCGUGAUUACUGAACGCUUCCAAAACCCCUUGUGGUUUAUUACGGAACGUUUUACCGGUUCUAAGUUCAGGAUGGCACUCGAUACGAUACGCAGUUUUGGUCAUAAGAUUGUACACAGCGCUGCUGAUCCAAAAACCAAGAAACAGGGUGACCAUAUUACCCCGGAAUCGACCCAUGAUAAAUUAGACGAGGUGUCUGGCAGCUUGAUCCAGUCGCUCCUGGAAGUUUUUGGCGAUAACCAAGAAAUCGUAUCCGACUCCGCCUUGAAUUAUCUAUCUGCUGGUAGAGAUACUGUUGCGCAAGCACUAACGUGGUGCAUAUACCUCCUUAUGCAACAUGAAUCCGUCAUCGAAGGUAUCCGUAAUGAGGCACGGGCCUUGCUAGAGAAUACCCAGGAAACAUUAUUAUCAUCCGGCAGUAACGACGGGUUCGUCAACUCCACCACUUUCACACCCUCAUCGCUACCGUACACCAUGGCAGUCUUCUACGAGACCUUACGUCUAUACCCACCAAUUCCGUUUGAAAUCAAGCAAUGCGAGAAGCCAACCACAUUACCCGACGGUACUUUCCUUCCGGAAAAGUCGAUAGUAUUUUGGUGUACCUGGGCUAUGAAUAGGUCAACAACCAGGUGGGGAGACGAUGCCGACUCGUUCCGACCUGAGAGAUGGCUUACUGCGGACGGAAAGCUAGUUACGAAAAGUGCUACCGAGUUCCCGGUCUUCAACGGUGGCCCGCGGUUAUGCCUUGGGAAGCGAAUGGCGGAACUAUUAGCUGCUCAAGUCAUUUCGACGGUAUUACUAAUGUUUGACUUCACGCCGGCUUAUGGAAACGAGAGAGUUAGCAAGAGCAGUCUUACAUUGCCGAUGAAAGGCGGUUUGCCGUGCCUUGUAAAGUCCAAAGCGCUUUGAAGUAAUUGCCUAAGGUUAUUUAUCACAAGCAGUAAUGUUAUUCAGACUUAACCAGCUAUGUCAUGCUAAUUCCAAGUUCUCGGAACCUUUUUAUAUACCAUUCCUUUUCAUAUACCAUUGUUAUUUAGUAUCGCAUGAAGUGCACUUGUACAGAAGGAAUUACGCAAAAUGGCGCAUAUUAUCAAAAUUCAGCUACCCCUAUCUGGACCACAUAUAUACAGAAGCAAAAACGAAACGUAAAUAUCAAGUCCGA